UCAUCCGAUCACUUCAUGCGUCUGAUAUUUGCUGGCCCAACAGUUCGGGAGUAACCGAAAGCCGGUAGGCUAGAGAUUUUGCUGUUUCUUUAACUAUAUUAUGCAGAAUGGCUUCCCAGCAAGAUAUCAUAAGUAAGGCAGAAGACGUUGCAGAUCAGGUUUUGAGGAAAAGUAAGAAUGUUUUACCCCAUGUGGCUAGACUCUGUCUGAUCAGCACAUUCUUGGAGGAUGGUGUUCGUAUGUGGUUUCAAUGGCAUGAACAGCGGGAAUACAUAGAACAGACAUGGGGCUGUGGCUGGUUUUUAAGCAUCUUAUUUGUGUUUUUAAACUUGUUUGGGCAACUUGGUGGAUGUGUGAUGAUUCUCAGUAGGACCAAGGUGCCUAUAGCUUGUGGGGGCCUCUUCGGUAUCAUUGCUCUACAGACUGUUGCUUAUAGUAUUUUAUGGGACGUGAAGUUUUUGAUGAGAAAUAUGGCUUUAGUUGGUGGAUUAAUCUUACUGUUGGCAGAGAGUAAAACCGAAGGACGCAGUCUGUUUGCAGGUGUGCCGUCAUCAGGAGAAAAUAAACCCAAGACGUAUAUGCAGUUGAGUGGCAGAAUCCUUGUAGUUCUCAUGUUCUUUACUCUUCUACGUUUCGACACUUCACCUAUAAAUGUGAUACAGAACAUCUUCGGAACUGCGCUCAUCAUUUUAAUCGGCAUUGGAUUCAAGACGAAGCUCGCUGCUAUGAUCUUAGUCGCGUGGCUAACCGCCCUCAACUUUUAUACAAACGCAUGGUGGAAUAUUCCCGAGUAUCGUCCUCUCCGUGAUUUCUUAAAGUAUGAUUUUUUCCAGACCUUUUCGGUAAUAGGUGGUCUUAUGCUUUUAGUUGCACUAGGUCCAGGAGGUGUAAGCAUGGAUGAACAUAAAAAGAAUUGGUAGAAUAUAGAAAGAAACUAUAACAAACUCCAUUUCUCUGGUAAAACAAAAGUUGUCAUAAAAAGGUCCCGCAAAUGUAAUUGGCUAUCGUGAAUUAUGUUGUAUGUUUUUUUUUUCUAUCUUUUUUUUUGAUUUUCAAAUUUUUCACUAAUACUUGAUAGUUAUAUGCAGCAAAUUUAUGAAAGUGGUAGAGAGUGAAAUAUGUAACAAUUUUGUUUUGAUAUCCAUCAUUUGUUAUGUUUAUAUGAUUCUCUUCUGCCUGGGCCAAAGAAGGCAUGUUUUUUUUUCUUGCAUACCAUUCAAGCAACGAUCAUCUUGCAUAAAGUCCUGAGUAUUUGUGACUAUAUAAGCACAGGUUUACUAGAAUAGUGAUGCACCAAUAAUGACCUUUUGUAUUAUACUGUAAUCCCAGAUUUAAAUCUGUAAAUAUCACUGAUUUUCAAUAACAGUGGCUUUUAAAAUCCAUCCCUCAAAUUUGUUUAGCACAUCCCAUAACUUUAGUUGAAAAAAUAUCUAAAAUAAGUAUAUAGAGAUUAUUUUUGUUUAUAAUAAUUUUUGCACACAUGCAAAGAAAAUACUUUGAAGUUGUAUAUACAAAUUACUAUUCAUCGUAGAAAGAAGAGCGUAAAUAUGUAGAUCUGCCCAUGACCCCUUGACCUCAUCUAGCAUUCCUAACUGUUUUACCUUCUACUUAAUGCUGUUAGUUUUUAGUAACACAAUGUGGUGUCUCUGUGUAUAAUUAAAUCAGUGAACUGUAUGUUAUGAUGUGUUUAAUAUACAAUCCAUUGUUGAAAUAUGCUAACGAUCUUGAUUUUGUGUUCAACUUCUUUGAAUUGAAUCUCAACUUAAAGGCCAAUGGAAGAAUUGUAUGCCUUGGUCUGUUUCUUCUUAUAUGGAAUUAUUAUGUACAGUACUUGAUGAACCCACCACCUAAUUUGAACAAUAUGGCUUAUAAAAAUAGUUGGUAUCAGUUAAUAAGACUAUUUAAUAUGAUUUGUUUUAUAUUAUAUGGUAUAUAAUAUAUCACAGUCAUUCUAUUAUAUCUGAAUGAAGUCGAAUCUUCUGUGUUCUUAGAUAAUUUAUACACAGCAAAGCUUUGAAACCCCAUUUUAACUCUUAGUACUCAGGGGUGGCGCCAGCUGGGGGGUGGCGUGAAGAAAAACCUCAAUUCAUCGGGGAGAAAAAAAAUUACAUGUAUUUUGUACAGUAGACUCUAAAAUCAAUUAAAUAAGCCUUUGAAUCCCCUAAAUUGUCAACAUUUUCUGGGGUCUCACUCCCUGAACCUCUUUCGCAACAUUUUAAGCGAUGCUUGACCACGUCCACUUUGCUCUUGUAGGGGGAAUCGGCCUCCCAUUAAGCCACCCCUGGUCAGGGAGCUCAGACCCCCCGUCGUGCAAAUUCUGGCGCCACCCCUGUUAGUACUUUACAUUUAAUGGUGUUUUUGAGAAGUAAGUUAUUUACAUGCUUAGGCUGAGGAUGGCAUAGCAGAAUCGGGGACUUUGUAUCUUCGUUGGAGUACAGUGAUUUCAGUCGAAGUAUUCUACAAAAAAAGCAACAUUUUGAAGUGUCUCAUUUGAUGUUUAUAUGCUUUUAAUUUUUUAUGGGGUUUUUAGCAUUGUAAUUUUCAUAUUCAUUUUUGUAUAAUUGCAAGAACAUUUAGUUCAGUAUGGGGCUAAAUUAGCUAAAGUUGAUGCAAGGACAGUAAAGUUUUUUCCAUUUUAGCUGAAGUUUUAUCAUGAAGUCCACUCUGAAGUGGUAAGGUUAUCUUGCCCACCAGAAAGAAUAAUGCACUUUUACAAAUGCUAUUGUAACUUUAGAGGUGAGAAGUAUUAAAUGAAUUGAAGGAAAAUUUUAUUGUUUUGCUGAUUAUGUGUAUUAAUGAAUAAACAAUAAAGAACCAGUAAGAUUAUAUCUGA